AACUAAAGUGAAGAUGAGACCUUUCUCUGUCUCCAAGAGCUCAGUAGGGAGCUCCUCCCUUCUUGGUUACACCAUAAUCUUCAUUUCUCUUCUUGUUCACAAGUUGGACUCAGCACACUUUUCAGUGAUUGGACCCGAUCACCCUAUCACCGCUUCUGUAGGCAAUGAAGUCACAUUAGCCUGCCACCUGUCACCCAGCAUGAGUGCCGAGAACAUGGAGGUGAGAUGGUUCCGGGGUCAGUUUUCUUCAGUUGUUCACCUGUACCGUGAAGGGAAGGAUCAGUAUGCAGAGCAGAUGUCAGAAUAUCGGCAAAGGACAGAGUUUCUGAAAGAGGGCCUGGCUGAUGGAAGAGUUGCCUUGAGGAUAGGCAAUAUCAGACUCUCUGAUUCAGGGCUGUACAAGUGUUUCUUUCGAUCAGAGUUCUCAUAUCAAGAAGCUGCAUUGGAACUACAUGUAUCAGUUUCAGGUACUAAUCCCCUGAUCUCUAUUGAGGGUUACCAGGAUGGAGGUAUCCGAAUGGUGUGUCGAUCAGGUGGAUGGUAUCCAGAGCCUCAGUCGCUGUGGAAGGAUCUCAAAGGACAGCCUCUCCCAUCAUUGCCUGCAAAAUACUUCCGUGAUGAAAAUGGCCUGUUUCAGACUGAAUCUGUACUUAUUGUAACAGAAAAUUCCAACCAGAAUCUGACCUGCACAAUCAGAAACAACAUCCUGAACCAAGAAGAGGUAUCAAGUGUUUAUAUAGCAGAUUCUUUUUUCCCAAAGGUCUCCCAUGUGACGGUGAUUCGCCUGUCACUAAACCUGUUGGUUUUGGGGUUUUUCAUUCCUUUGACUAUUUAUUGUACAUGGAAGCAACACAAAGAAAAAGAUAAACAACGAUUUCAGGUGGAGAAAGAGAAAGUGAAUGUGACUCUGGAUCCAGAAACAGCACAUCCUGAACUCUUGGUGUCAAAGGACCUCAAAAGUGUGAACUGUGCAGACAUAACGGGGGAACAACCUAAAGAUCUGGACAUUGUUGAUUCUUAUUGCUGUGUCCUGGGCUCUGAGAGAUUUAACUCUGGGAGACAUUAUUGGGAAGUGGAGCUUAAGAACAAGACUAUGUGGCACUUGGGGGUUUGUGCUGACUCAGAAAACAGGGAGAGGUACAAAAAUAUAGCACCUGAAGGUGGCUACUGGGCCAUAAGGUUGUGGAAUGGAGAAUACAAAGCCCUCUCCACUCCUCGGACAACAAUCACCUUGGAAAUGAAGCCCACGAGGGUUGGGAUUUUUCUGGACUAUGAGGCAGGAGAGCUCUCAUUUUACAAUUUGUGUGAUGACUCCCAUAUCUACACUUUCAAAUACAGCUUCUUCGGGACACUCCGGCCUUUCUUCAGUCCAGGUAUACAUGGAUCUAAAGAGAAUGCUCCCCUGACCAUCUGUCCAGUUAUAGACUGGCAAUGA